AUGACAUUCAGUUUCGUACCAAGGAAACCUGAUGAUAAGCUAAACUUAAUAGCAAACGAUCGAGGAAUUGACAUCGAGGAGCUUGGAGACAAUGUCAGAAAAUCAUUUCGUUCGAUUAUCUACCUUCUCGGCCUUGUCGUUUUCCUAUUACUUGUUUUAAUUUUCAUGACCGCAGCACCAAAAUAUGAUGGAUUAGAGGAAGAGGAAGAGGACAACUUCACCAUCAAGACUUGGGGUGAUCUUCUCAAGGCUUUCCCAGGACCUUUCGAUGAUAACAGUGGAUUCGAGAACUAUCUUCAAUAUGCAUACAAAUAUGGCCGCAAGUACAGCGACGACACCGAAAGUUUCAUUCGCAUGUUUGCUUAUGAGAAGAACAAGAAGCGCGUUGAGGAGUACAAUGCUCAAAAAGUGCACGGAAACGCCAUAUAUGGAGAGAACGAUAUGUCGGAUUGGACUGAUGAGGAAUUCCAGAAAAUGCUGCUACCAAAGGACUUUUACAAGACGCUUCGCAAGGACGCUGAAUUUAUUAAGCCAAUUCCUGAUGAGUUUGUCAACAAAACCUUAACAAUGUCAGCCAUUCCCGAUUUCUUCGAUUGGCGUGACAAGAAUGUUAUCACUCCCGUCAAAGCUCAAGGUCAAUGCGGUAGUUGCUGGGCUUUUGCAUCCACCGCCACAGUCGAAGCUGCGUGGGCGAUUGCUCAUAACGGCGAGAUGCGAAACCUUUCAGAGCAAACCCUCUUGGAUUGCGAUCUUGUCGACAAUGCUUGUGAUGGAGGAGAUGAAGACAAGGCUUUUCGUUUCAUCCACCGUAAUGGGCUUGCGUACGCGAAAGAUCUUCCAUAUGUCGCGCACCGGCAAAACACCUGCGUCGUUGAUGACCACUGGAAUACUACUAAGAUCAAGGCGGCCUACUUUUUGCAUCCCGAUGAGGACUCGAUCAUCAAUUGGCUAUUGAACUUUGGACCUGUCAACAUCGGAAUGUCCGUGAUUCAGCCAAUGAGAGCUUAUAAGGGUGGAGUGUUCACACCAAGCGAGUACGCUUGUAAAAAUGAGGUUAUCGGCCUGCACGCUCUUCUCAUCACCGGCUAUGGAACGAGCAAGGAAGGCGAGAAAUAUUGGAUUGUGAAGAACAGUUGGGGAAACACAUGGGGCGUUGAGCACGGCUACAUUUACUUUGCUCGAGGCAUCAAUGCCUGCGGAAUCGAGGAAGAGCCGAUUGGAAUUCUUGCUUAA